AUGCCACAAAAAAAAAACCGUAAGAAUGCAACUGUAGCAUGUAUAAAUUGUCGAGAACGACACGAAAAAUGCAAUGUACUUUCUGGAGAGAAUAAAUGUAAAAUCUGUAAUAAACGAAAUUGGCUUUGUAUUUUUACCCCGGGUAAUAAACGUGGCCCAAAGUCUGUCGCUAAAGCAGACCAAAGGGAGCAUAUUAUCAAUCUUUCUCCUCCUUUCAUUCAUGAUGAACGAAUGCCAAAUGAUAGCCAAAACAUCACACCUUUUCCUAAUUCAUUUUCCACUAGUAAUUCUUUCUCUCCUUAUAAUUAUACUACUAAUAUUAACAUUUAUAAAACUACC